AGUUGAAAACUACUGCAACCUCGAACUCCUGGUCACACCAGCAGCCGGCUCUGACAUAAUUCGUCUCUGCUCAUAUCUCAUCACCCUCACCGACCCCGUGUGCUAACGGGUCCUCCUCCUUCCCCGUGCAGUGUUUUGUAUAUGUAUAGUUAGUCUUGCGUGCUCAAAAAAAAGAAUGUCGACCAUUACAGUGAGCAAGUUAUUGCUGGUUUUGCUGGGGGUCCUUUCCGUGGGGAUGCUCUCCGCUAUCAUCGCUCUUUCCGUACUCUACUCCAACGAGGUGAACGCCAACAAAGAGCCAGUUGCUACUGCACCCACCGAGAAGCCCCCUCCGACUAUUCGCCCCGAUCCCUGGAAGAACAUUCGCCUCCCUAAGGACCUGGUGCCCAUCAGCUACAAGGUGAAGCUCUGGCCAAAGCUAGAUCCGGACCCCGUCACCAAACUCUACACGUUCAGCGGCGACUCGACCGUCGAGUUCCAGUGUCUGGUCCCAACGAGCGUCGUCGUCAUCCACAGCAACAAACUCAACUACACCGCGAAGGGUGGCCACUUGGCUCUUCUCAAAGACUCCUCGGGGAACGAUGUGGAGGUGACAAGCUCCUGGCUGGAGCCCAAGAACCAGUACCUGGUGCUGGAGCUGACGGCUCCGCUGCAGAUGGAUGCGACCUACACGAUGGCCACCGAGUUCGUGGGCGAGCUUGCCGAUGACCUCGCGGGCUUCUACCGCAGCGAGUACACGGAGGGUGGAGUUCGCAAGGUUGUGGCCACCACGCAGAUGCAGCCCACGGACGCACGCAAGGCCUUCCCAUGCUUCGACGAGCCGGCCAUGAAGGCUACGUUUGACGUGACGAUUAGACACAAACCCGAGUACAAGGCCAUCUCAAACAUGCCCAUAAUAAAUGAAAAAAACAUCACAGUUGGGACAAUUAUCUGGACAGAAACCACGUUCAACACAACUCUCAAGAUGUCCACCUACCUGCUGGCCUUCAUCGUGUGUGAAUUUACUAACAUAGAGAAAAAAGAAAAUGGCGCACAGAUACGCAUCUGGGCACGGCCGCAGGCGGUGGACGAUGGCCAGGCAGACUAUGCCCUCAAUAUCACCGGCAACAUUCUCAACUUCUUUGCGGAUUACUACAAAGUGGCGUACCCGCUUCCCAAGUCUGACCAGAUCGCGCUGCCGGACUUUGCCGCCGGCGCGAUGGAGAACUGGGGCCUGGUGACGUACCGCGAGACGGCGCUGCUGUACGACCCGGUGCAGUCGUCCAACGGCAACAAGGAGUGGGUGGCUUCGGUAGUGGCACACGAGCUGGCGCAUCAGUGGUUCGGGAAUCUGGUCACGCUGAAAUGGUGGAACGACCUCUGGCUAAACGAGGGCUUUGCUACCUAUGUGCAGUACCUGGGAGCAGACUAUGCCGAACCAUCUUGGGAAAUGAAACAACUGUUCGUGAUAUCGGAGCUGCAACAUGUGUUCUCCAUGGACAGCCUGGCCUCCUCUCAUCCUCUGUCUUCUGAUGAAUCAGACAUCAACACACCGGAAGAAAUCAGUGAGCUUUUCGACUCCAUCUCCUACAGCAAGGGUGGAUCUGUGCUCCGUAUGUUGUCAUCAUUCCUCACUGAGCCUAUGUUUGUAGAAGGACUAAAUACUUACCUCCUGGCUAACCAGCUCAGCAAUGCAGCAGUGGAUGACCUGUGGGCUCACCAGCAGCAGGCGGUGGACAAGAACAACGUGAAGCUCCCAAAACCGGUGAAAGAGAUCAUGGACACAUGGACGCUUCAGAUGGGCUACCCUGUGAUCAAGCUCGAUACGAGCAGCGGCAAGGUCACCCAGAACCACUUCCUGAUCGACCCCGAAGCGGUCGUUGAGCGGCCAUCGCCCUUCAAUUACCAGUGGCAUGUGCCCAUCACAUGGAAGAAGGAUGGACCCACUAACACUGUGUGGUUACAGGGAGUUCAAGAGUCUACCUUUACCGAGCUACAGAGUACUGACAAAUGGAUCCUGCUCAACGUCGAUGAACAGGGAUACUACCGUGUCAACUACGAUGUUGCCAACUGGAAUCGCUUGCUGGCUCAGCUGGAAACUGACCUCGAAAUGAUACCCGUGAUCAACAGAGCACAAAUCAUUGACGAUGCCUUUAACUUGGCCAGGGCAAAACACAUAGACGUGGAGCUGGCUCUGAAAACCACACUCUACCUGGUCAGAGAGCGCAAGUACCAGCCGUGGCAGGCGACCAUCUCCAGCAUUUCCUACUUCAAGCAGAUGCUUGAUCGCUCUGCAGUAUUUGGAAAUAUGCAGAAAUACAUCCUGCAGCAAGUCUUACCACUGUACAAUUACUACGAUGACCUUGUGGGCAGCAACUGGAACGAUGUCCCACCAGGGCAUGCUGACCAGUAUAACCAAGUCAACGCUAUCUCGCUCGCAUGCUCCUACAACCAUGCCCCUUGUAAGCAGAAGGCAAUUGCUCUCUACCAUGCAUGGAUGCAAGAUUCCAGCUUCAUUAUGCACGCGAACCUCAAGUCGACGGUGUACUGCGCGGCGAUUGCCGCGGGUGGGCAGGCCGAGUGGGACUUUGGUUGGAAGAUGUUCAAGGAGACAUCGCUCGCCACGGAGGCCGAUAAACUCCGGGACGCACUGGCUUGCAGCGAGGAGACCUGGAUCCUGAACAGGUAUCUGGAGUACACCCUGGACCCCACAAAAAUUCGAAAACAGGACGCAACCAAUACCAUCGUGAGGAUUGCCAGAAACGUUGUGGGGCAGUCUCUGGCUUGGGACUUCAUCCGAGCCAACUGGAAGUACAUCUUCACCGAGUACGGAGGAGGCUCCUUUUCCUUUUCACGUCUCAUUGAAGGAGUUACGGGACGAUUCUCCACAGAUUAUGAGCUCAAGCAGCUCGAGCAGUUCAAGGUCGACAACCAGGAAGUCGGCUUCGGGUCCGGAACACGAGCCCUCGAGCAGGCCCUGGAGCGCACCAAGGCCAACAUCAAAUGGCGUGCAGACAACGAGAAACGGAUUGGCGAAUGGUUCAUCGCCAACAUCAGACCAUAGGAGGCCCACAGCCCACGGGAUGACACAAAACAUAUUUCACCGUCUGCAAUGAGUUUCUAUUCAAAUAAAUAAUUUGGUGUAAAAAAUAUAUUCACUGCAUCCUAAGUGCAUUUAUUUGACGAAAUAUAAAUGUAAACAUUUUUCAUGAGUGUUGUAUAUACAGGCUUUUUUCCAAAUAUUAAUAUUAAGAAUAAUUCUGCCAAUAUAUAUUUUUAAAUAAUUGAUCGGGGCAAGCAUGGGGCAUGCAAGGGUGAGGCACACCCCACCCCUCACACCCAGCUGCCUCACAACUCGAGGGAGGAGGACAUAAAGAGCCAUUAAACAAUAAACUCCGAGGCAAAGGGAGGUUAACGAUGAUCUGCAAAAUCUCCAGAUUGUCAAAGGACCAUAUGACAUAACCUCCCCGGACGUUUUGGACAGUUCACAAACACAUCUCCAGAGCCGUAAAACACAGGCACAUAGCAGGGACAAUCGGACGUUACAACUGGCGUUUAGUUUUUACGAUAAAAGUUCGAAACUUAGCGACAAUAAAAGAUCAACAUUAUAGACUGCCAGAUUAAGAACCAGACUGCAGUCUACAUUAGUGGCUUUAUUAUUACUUCCCUUAUUGUACUCUUAUUCACCGCAUAUAUAUAUAUUUUCGUAUUGUAUCUUUCUAUCUACGUGACUUUACCAAGAGAACCAAGGAAUAUGAAUUCCGGCAGUCAAGAAAGUGAAAACUAAGUUAUAUCUCCAACCUCAGGAUAUCAAAAUAUAACGCGAGAAUUAAACACCGAUUCCUGGCGACACAGACUGAGAACAAAGCUUAGCAACACCCUCGGAAUCGCGGUGGUAACAACUAAUGGUACAUUACAAAUCUCGGUUAAACAUAAACCAAGUAAUAAUCAUGAGGUAUUAGACCUAGGGCAACUCAAAAGAGAUACAAGGAAAAUAGGUCAAACACACAAGACCAGAUAAUAUGUAUUCCACGGAUUCAGAGCCUCCCCGGCCGCCAUUGUCUUCCAACAAUUUGACACAACACAGGGUAGCAAUAAAAUACGUAUUUAAGGGUGUCUCCCCUCGAGAUAGCAAACAUCACGAAUGCAGAGGGGGGCGGGGGAAUGCAAACAAAAACAGAAACAUGGUGAUCGAAAGCAGCCAAUCAAAGGUCAAAAGGGGGGGGGGGGGGGGGUAACCAGGCGGCUGCGGCCACGGAAAGGAGAACGGUGACAGAGGGCAUGUGUUUUUUUUCUCUCGCAAGAGACGCGCAGAGACGGGGAGAGAAUUUCACACUUAAGCAAGAACACAGAUCAUGCAAGUCAGUACUGCGGCGGGCAGGCUCCGGGGGCAUGGCCUCGAGAUCAACAAUGGGUGUCAUGUCUCGCAGAGAAGAGGGGCGAGGUGAUGCUCGGUGCUGAGUUCGGCAUGGACCGACAGAAUAUCGCUGAGAGUUAUACUCUACAUUUAUCCUGAUGCUUUGAGUCGCUUGCAGAGUCAAGGAUCACAUCUUCUUGGUUCUUUCGGUAAAGUCACGUAGAAGGGAAGUUAUAAAAUAAUACAAAUAAAACAUAAUAAAAUAAUUCUCACGACGUUUCGGCCACAACGCAAGCAGCCGUCCUCAGGUGAAAACCAGGUCUGUCGGGGAGACAGCGUCUGAAUGAAACAGCACACGUGCUUGGAGCAUAUAUAUAAGCUGGGUUGGAAGGGGGGGGGGGAAGGGCGCUUCGACAAAAGAAUUUGCAUAUCAAGAGGAAUUUAGCAUAUUUAGGUGAAAUGCAGGAAUGUGAUUAGUACUACGUAUGCCCGUGCAUUAUGCAGGACUAGCAGCAUCAAAGGGAGGGGAUAUGGGUAGCAUUAAUAAAGGGAAGGAGUGUUAAUAGUAUGUAGCUGCAGUAACUAAAACCAACACGUAAACAACUAAAGUAUGAACUACAUAGUAUCAUCAGUAUACUAACUAUACUCUAAGCUGAGUUAGUAUACUGACGAUACUAUGUAGUUCAUACUUUAGUUGUUUACGUGUUGGUUUUAGUUAUUGCAGCUACAUACUAUUAACACUUUUUUUUUAUUCAUUUUUCAAGACCCGACAUAUACAACACGAGUAAGACAAAGUUUACUUACAUUUUACUUGAAACAAGUCUUAAAUAAAAAAAAUGUCUUAUAUGUACAUCAACGUGCAAUUUGCAGACUACGAGUGUGCUCCUAAUCUCAGCUCGUUACCUGUAUAAAAGACACUUGGAAGCCAGAAAUCUUUCUGAUUGAGAGGGGGUCAAAUACUAAUUUCCAUCAUUAAAAUGCAAAUCAAUUUAUAAUAUUUUUGACGUGCGGUUUUCUGGAUUUUGUUGUUGUUAUUCUGUCUCUCACCGUUCAAAUAAACCUACCAUUACAA